UGUAAACAAGCAAUUGACAGUGAGUUUGGUGUUAUACACUGAUCAGUUAGUCUUCAUAAUAAACUGGUACAAUGACAUUCUUUUAGUCACAAACACACAACAAGGAUUGCAGACUCACAUAAACUCAACAAUCAUAGGUGUAAUUCAAAUAUGUUAUAUGAUUUAUACUUUUGCUUUUGGUGUAUAUAAAAGGAACACCAUCCACAUAUAACAAACUACACCAAGCAUUGUUCUUCACUCAAAUUCUCUCUUUGAUCUUCAUUAGUCAGUACACUAUGUGUGCCAAAGAUCAGAUUAUUAUUAGAUUAAUCCAUCUAUUUACUAAUGCUAAGCCAUACCUUUUAAUGAUUGGCCUUCAAUUUGGCAUGGCUGGUAAUUACAUCUUUGGAAAGGAUAUUCUUAACCAUGGGAUGAGUCGCUUCGUGUUCAUAGUUUAUCGUAAUGCCAUGGCUGUGGUCGCUCUUGCCCCUUUCGCUUUCUUAAUCGAAAGGAAAAGUAGGCCUAAGAUGACUCUUCCUGUCUUCCUACAGAUAAUGGUGCUGGGAUUUCUUGAGCCACUUUUCAACCAAAGCUUCACUUACUUGGGGAUGAAGUAUACUUCAGCUUCAUUCACAUCUGCUAUUAUGAAUGCCGUGCCAGCUAUCACCUUUCUGCUUGCAGUCAUAGUCCGGUUGGAGCGUCUUAAAUGCAAUGAUAUUCGAAGUCAAGCCAAAGUGAUUAGAACAUUAGUAACCUUUGGUGGCGCUAUGCUAAUGGCAAUUUACAAAGGACCUGCCUUCACCAUUUUCCAUUCUGAAAACACAACUCACCAUCAAAAUGGAACCCAAGAAUCAUCACAUAACCACCAAACUGCUGGAGCUCUUUAUAUACUAAUGGGUUGUGUUGCAUUAUCUUCUUUCUACAUUUUGCAGUCAAUAACGUUAAAAAGAUAUCCGGCGGAGUUAUCAUUGGCAACUUUAAUAUGUUUGGUAGGAGGAGCACAGGCAACUGCGGUGGCACUAGUGGCGGAGCGUCACUCAAGUGCUUGGGCCAUUGGUUGGGAUUAUAGGCUCUAUGCUCCUCUUUACACGGGAAUAGUUAGUUCAGGAAUUGCAUACUAUGUUCAAGGGGUGGUGAUGCAAAGUAGAGGCCCAGUAUUUGCAACAGCCUUUAAUCCUCUUUGCAUGAUCAUUGUUGCUGCUUUGGGAUCCUUUAUAUUAGGAGAAAAUCUAUAUCUUGGAAGUAUAAUUGGAGCAGUUAUAAUUGCACUUGGUCUUUAUUCAGUUGUGUGGGGAAAAGCCAAAGACUAUUCAGAAUCAUCAACCAUAGAAGGAGAGACAAAAUCAAUGCCAAUCACUGCAAAAAAUGAUUCCGAAAUUGAUACUAUUUCUGUCAUUUCGGAAGAAAACCAGCCACCAUCAUAGAACAAAUUGGAGAAAGAAAUAGAGUUGAAUGUUACAAAUGCAUGAGAAAAUUACAAUGAAGGCAUAGCAUUUGCCUCUAGUCAAAUUAGAAUGUCCAGAAAUUCUUAGCCACGUAGUGAUUAUUACGUACUAGUGUUGAGUAUAUAUGCAAGUAGCCAUGUUGCAUAUGUAAACUAUAUAAAUGAUUAAAGCAUUUGAGGAAUCAAAGAUGCAUGUUUAUGCUAUUUGAUGUUCAUGUGAUGUGAUCACCAUAAAAAAAUGAGUUUUUGUAACUGUGUUUGAUACAAAAGUUAAAUAUU